ACAUGGUUACAUGCAAAUCACAUCGCAAAAAACAAAUAUUUCUUUGUACUUGUGACGAGGUGUGACGAACACGACGAGGCCCACUGUCGCUGCUUGAAAAGUUUCGCUGUUGUAAAGGUGCUUAAUUGAAAAUUUUCAGCAAUGAACGGUGAUCUUGUCGAAGAAGGAAAGGCGAAGGCAGCAGGAAUAAUUUCCGUUCUGGUUGGAAUAUCAGCGUUUAUUCAGCUAAUAUGUGGAUUUAUCUACUUGAGCAAGGGUGGACCCGAAGGUUCUGGUCUGUGGUCUGGAAUUGGGCUUGCCGUUAUUUGUGGUCUCGGAAUUCUCGUUUGGUUGAGGAAAAAUAAAACAGCGAUGGUGUUUUUCUUGGUGAUGAACAUCCUGUGGUUUAUUGUGUGCCUUGUCCAGAUCAUCAUCGCCUUCAUCGCCUGGGUGAUCUGGCACUUCAUAAGGAAGGUGGUUGAGACGAACUGCUCUCAAAGAGGAAGCACAUGCCAUUGUCAAACCGAAAAGGAGGAGCCAUGGCCAGUGCACAACUGCGAUGACAUCAGAGUCAUCGAGAGCUGCUUCCUAGCAAUUCUGAUUAUGAGUGCCUUUUCUGCCAUCCUGACCCUGUCUGGUUCAAUUAUUGGUUGCAUGGGAACAUGCUGUGCUAGGCCAGCUCAGCCCAACGUGGUAGUGAUGCAGCAACCUACUGGGUAUCCUAUGGUGAUACAGCAAACCACAGCUCAGGGCUAUCCUGCUCAGGGCUAUCCUGCUCAGCAGCCAUACCCAGGCCAACAACAGGUGGUGAUGCAGCCACCAGCCGGUGCCGGGGGUCCCCCACCUGACUAUGGGUUGCCACCAAAGCAAUAAACAUCAAGUGUUGAGUUCGCAUCCCAUAGCUGUUUUAGUUUAACUAUUUUUAUAUGAUAAUUUCUUCGAUUGACUGUGUAAAAACUAAUCCAGAAUUCCAGUUGUCUUCGCUAUGUUUUUUUUUAAUUGGUCUGUAACAUUCCUGUCACCUUGUUGACCAAUCAAUAAUGAUAAUAGGACCGAGAGGAGUCCAACUCGGUCUGUAAUCAUACGAGUGAUUAACAAAAUCGGACGACCGCGAAGCGGGAGUCGAGUAUGAUUACUGACAGAAUUGGACGACAAGAAAUCCUGUUACCAAUUAAUCAUAACCAUUUCAAUUUCCGAAAAAACAAAUACGCCUAAAACAAAUAUCUCCAGUGGAGACAAUGUCUUUGGUUAAAUAUUCUCCAUUUUGGAAAUUGUCUUGUUUUUCUUUGGAUGAGUGGUUGUUUCUAUGGUUAUUGUGCUCAAUUCUGUGAUUGGUGGAUCUAGCUGAGUGGAUAUAGUAUGAUUGGCUGCUUCAACUGUCCGAUUACAGCCAGCUGUCUGAUUACACUGUCCGAUUACAUCUGUUCAUAAUGAUUAGUGAAAAAUGAAGCAGUGAUGCACUAAUCACAUUUGAGGAAAUUGUAAUGGUUAUGGUCAGACGGAAAAUAGGUCGUUGGCGUUACCUUUGAGUUUCAGUUGGUGCGCCUCUGCUUACUUUCACAACAUUCAUUUGAAGUACCCUUUGUUUUUUAAGAUCGUUUAAGUAAAAUAUAGAUACAAGUGCUAUGGGAGAUGGUGAAUUCCUUGUUUGCUGGUAUUUACAAAAACCAUUGUUAUGUUAGUUAGCUUGAGGUAGUUGUUGUAGCUAUUUUACAACUUAUACGUUAUCCGUUCCAUGCCAUCGCUCGAUUGGUAUUUUUUGUAUUUCAGGCAGCUUCACGAGGUUGCCAUUUUGUUGUUGGAUUAAAAACAUGUCACUGAUGUC